AUGCCGAGUAGUAGCGGUGUUCAUCAAACCGCUCAAACUGUCUGCAUCGCAAGAAAAUACAUUCCACCACGGGUUCCUGUUCCAGCUGCUGCUACUCAUCACAACAAUGGUGAUCGACCGACGUAUGAGGAUGUACGAAGUCCCUACUACCUCAGCACUGCAUAUCACCCAGGCUUAGCCCUUGUUACUCCGAUCUUGACAGAUCGAAACUUUCAACCAUGGACUCGAGACUUCAAACUCUCCAUAGGUGCGCGUAAUAAAACUUCGUUCAUCGACGGUACCCUUCCUAAGCCACCUCCUGAUGAUGCUCUUUAUAGUUCUUGGAUUCAUUGUAAUCAAAUGGUCCAAUCUUGGAUCCUUCACUCGGUUUCAUCCGAAAUCAAGAGCAGUAUCAUGUAUCUUGAUACUGCUGCUGAAAUGUGGACCGAGCUCAACAAUCGAUUCAAUGAAGGUAACGGUCCACGCAUUUUCGAGCUUAAUGAAAGCCUCGCUUUUCUCCAUCAAGGAGAUGAUUCCGUCAGUACCUACUUCACCAAACUGACUGCCAUUUGGGAUGAAAUUCAGCAACUUUGCCCAAAGAUACCUUGCACUUGUGUUGCUGCUACUAAAGCACAAGAAUAUCACAACCAUGAUCAGGUGCUGCAAUUUCUCAAGGGUCUGAAUGAAUCUUACCAUGCUGUUCGUGAUCAGGUAUUGCCUCUUGAUCCUUGUCCACCAUUAACCAAAGUUUUUUCUAUGAUUGUUCAUCAAGAACGCCAAAGAACUCUUGGCAAUAAAAAUGUUACCCCCCUUGCUGCAGCUGCCUCUUAA